AUGUUGUUGCCAUUUCCCCCGGAUCGUCCAAUCGGUUGGUUACUCAUCAAAACAGGCCCAACAUCGGAGGAUUCGUCGUCAUACCCUGAUGAUUCUCCCGAGGGUAUCAUUUUAAGAGAAGUGCAAGGUUCCGAGUUCGUCCAUCUACCAGCUAUCGUCGAAAGCGCCGAGUCUAGCCCCAAUGCCGCCAGGGAAGCAGCGCAUCGCAUUCGCAAAUUACUGUCCGACCCAUCAUCCACACCAGCCAACGUACAAUAUAAUGCAAUCAUGCUGAUUCGCAUCCUCGUUGAUAACCCCGGGCAUACUUUCACUCGGAACAUUGAUGCCAAGUUUGUCGCGACCGUAAAGGAUCUUCUGCGCCAGGCUAGGGACCCGAGUGUACAAGGCUUCCUUCGGCAGACUCUGGAUAGCCUGGAGAUGCAGCGUGGAUGGGACGAGGAUCUAGCACCACUUUUGCAAAUGUGGGCAAGGGAAAAAUCCAAGCUCAGGAGAACCAAUAGUGGAAGCACUUGGAGGUCGCACGUUUCAUCCCCAGCUUCACCGCAACAACAGCAACCUCGUGCAGAUUACUUUAGUUCGCGCCAGACCACAGGGUUGCCGCCUCCAGAUGAACUAGCGGCUCGUAUCACCGAAGCCAAGACGUCGGCAAAACUGCUUGUGCAGUUCGUUCAGUCGACGCCUCCCGCAGAGAUCCUGGAGAAUGAGCUGAUCAAGGAAUUCUCCGAGCGUUGUCGGUCGGCAUCGCGCACCAUCCAGCACUAUAUUCACGCGACGAACCCUCCACCCGAUGAGGAUACCCUCUUGACCUUGAUUGAAGUGAAUGACGAGCUGUCCAUGUCUCUAUCUAAGCAUCAGCAUGCUCUUCUUCAUGCUCGUCGAGCCCUCGGACAGUCCGAUAGCCAGACACCCUCGAUAUCUGAGACCGCAGCAUCAGGCGCACCUAGUGUUGUUCCUCCACCGGUUCCACCGCGGGAUACGCCGAACCUUCCGAUACCGCCAGCGAUGCCCCUAGCAGCGUCAAGCGCUACCAGGGCUUCCCCCUCUGCGAAUAACGGUGCGGGCCGGUCGGAGUAUCGAUCGGAGGAUUUUCAGGUACAGAAUCCAUUCGCUGAUAGCUUCAGCACUGCUGCUAUCGGUCCAUCUGAGAAUCAACGGAUGGAAGGGACAGCAAACGACUCGUGGAACGAAGCGUAUCAACGACCUAUCCAGCGCGCAUGA